UUUUUUGGACCCGAAACCCCCAAAAUAUGUGAGUAAUAUUUUUUAUGCAAAAACAUUUUAUGCUCUGACUCUACUAAUCAGUAAUCAAUCAGUAAGCAGUACACACAGUACACACAAUCCCACUAUCGUUCUUCUUUUCGCUCUUUUCAAUGGGAUCACGUCCAAGUGCUACCAAAACAAAAACAACAACAACCCAAGCACAUGGUGGGCUGGUAUAUAUAAAGGUUGCCUGGGUUCAAGUCAAUCCCACCAAUAUGGAACAAAUCCCACGACAUUGGGGUGACGACGAGGAAGAGGAACAAGAAGAAGAGAAACAUGAAGUGAAGCCAACCCCUCUCAGUAGUCCCCAGGUCAAGCAGCCGCCCCCGCAGAACGGCCCUACCCUCGGCGAACCUGAAUCCGUAUCCAUUGCCCAUGAGGCGAACGAUCAUGAUGGGCCCAGUUUGGCCAAAAAGCGGAAAAAGAGCAAAAAGACCCAGAAAGGCCCGGCCUCUGGAGGUCCCCAAGCCGAGUCGGGCUUUCAAUUGUUGGGCCAAUCUUUGGGUCCGGGUCAAUCGGAAGUGCGUCGCGUGUUGCCCCCCUGGCUCACCAAUCCUAAUGUCGUGACCGUGGACUUUGAGCAAGACCAAUUAAGCGUGGCCGACAUGCCCGGUUUAGACCCCGACACCGUGGCCAAACUCCGCGCCCACGGGAUUCACAAUCUGUUCCCGGUGCAACGACAAGUCAUCCCAGGACUGCUAUCCCAAGGAUCCUUAUUCCGCCCCUCGGACAUCUGCGUUUCGGCCCCCACGGGUAGCGGCAAGACUUUAGCCUAUGUCAUCCCCACUAUCCAAUCACUCAAACGACGAUUAGCCCCGAGUCCGCGGGUUCUGGUUGUGUUACCCGUCCAAGAAUUGGCCAGUCAAGUGUUCCACGUGUUCCAAACCUACGCCCAAGGCACCAACCUCAAGGUCAAGCUCCUGACCCCGCAAAGAGCCUUUGAAGCCGAGCAAAACGAGCUGGUCCAAGAGUUGUGGGAAGCACCGGGUCAAUUCAAGCAAUUGGCCGAUAUCGUGAUCACCACCCCCGGACGAUUGGUGGAUCACUUGACCCGAACUCGGGGACUGGAUUGGCACUGCUUGCGAUACUUGAUCAUUGAUGAGGCCGAUCGGGUCAUGGAGAAUAUCCAGUAUAAUUGGUUGGCUCAACUGGAGACACGGGUGGGACUAGAUCGGGUCCGGAUGCAGCCGUUCACCGUGUGCACGGCUCAACGUAACUUGAUCCCAUUGCAAAAGCUGUUGUUCAGUGCCACGCUCAGCCAGAAUCCGGAGUAUCUCGACUCGUUGAAUCUGUUCGAACCGCGAUUAUUUACAUCCGUGGUCAAGCCCAAAGAUAUCCUGGAAAACAAAUCCCAAGCCACGAUCUCGGAAGACGCUCAAGAGUUCGUGGGACAAUACACCACGCCCGCCGAGCUGAACGAGGCCUUGGUGAUUGUCAAAGAUCCGCUCAAGAAGCCAAUGAUCCUCGCGUAUCUCUUGCGAAAGAAGCGGGUGGAAAAGGCCAUCGUCUUCACCAACUCCAUCGAACACGCCCAUUACCUCAGCCUGGUGCUCAAGCAAUACGGCUUCUCCGUGGGCGAGAUGUCCUCGCAGGUGUCCGCUAAAAGAGGGCGAACCAUGAACCAAUUCCAAGCGGGUAAAUUCACGGUUCUGGUGAGUACAGACGCCUUGGCCCGUGGAAUGGAUUUGGGACGGGUGGAUUUUGUCAUCUCCUACGACACCCCCAAGUUCAUCCGGACCUAUAUUCAUCGAGUGGGUCGCACUGCCCGAGCUGGAACUCCGGGCCACGCCCUAACAUUAGUUGAGGCUGGGAAGGCGGAGCGGAAGUUACGGCAUAUUUUGAAAGAGGCCAAUAAGACAGACUUGCCGAGUGAGGAAGUCGAUGAAGACGAUCUAGACGAGAAAACCUAUCAGGAAGCCAUGGAUAAGGCCACGACUCUUCUGAACGAGGAGAAGGCCAGGGUCGUGGCCAUCAAUGUGAGAAACAAGAAGAAAAACUUCAAGAAACGGAAAUGAAUUUGAAUUUGCUGCUUCA